UGAAUGUCCCCUCCUGGUCAUUCAGUUCGGAGCGGUUCAGAGCAUCCGCCAUCUUUUCUUUGUCAUUCGCUUAUAGACUUUCGGUGAUUUCGAUCGCGGAUUGCAAUUUUCGGGGUGAUCUUGUUCCUGUACAAUCUGUCAACGAAGAUCCCGCGAUUCUAUCACGAGGACCGAGGACGUGACGUUCGAGAAGAAAAGAUGAGUUACGGUAGGCCGCCGCCCCGCAUCGACGGGAUGGUUUCCCUAAAAGUCGACAAUCUCACGUAUAGAACGACGCCGGAAGACUUGAGGCGCGUGUUCGAGCGAUGCGGCGAAGUCGGCGAUAUUUACAUCCCCCGGGAUCGCUUCACGCGCGAGAGCCGCGGCUUUGCGUUCGUCAGAUUUUAUGAUAAGCGCGAUGCUGAAGAUGCAUUAGAUGCCAUGGAUGGAAGGUUGUUGGACGGCAGGGAACUCCGAGUCCAAAUGGCACGCUAUGGACGUCCAACGUCUCCGCAUCGUAGCCGUGGAAGUCGUCGUCGUGGAAGAUCACGCAGUAGAAGUAGAGACCGCAGGCGUUCGCGAUCUCGAUCUCGUAGUAGGUCGCGCAGCCGCGACCGAGAUCGCAGGCGCUCCUACAGCCGUAGCCGUAGUCGCUCCCGUUCGGACAGCAAGAGCUCGCGCGGCAAAUCACGCUCGCGUAGCAAGUCUCAGGACAGGCAAAAAGACAGUCGCUCUAAAUCAAGGGACUGAGCUGAUUGAAGAGUGUGCGAGAGGAUAAGAAUGAGUGCGCGCGUAUCCAACGAGUGCCGAAUAAUCUAUGUUGAGAUUGAAAAAGAAAAAAGGUAUUUCAUUACCCUCUAUAGCAACACUCGCACGCUUCUUCACGUUCUUCUAUCAUUUAAAUACAUACAUGUGUUAAACAGAUAUAUAUAUACUUGAAUCGAUAUUACGUAUUUCAUCAAUUUGAAUACGUGAUUAGUUUCUCUAUAACAUGAAUAUUCCUUUUUUUCUUCUGUGCUUCUUUAUUCGCGCUAGUUUCGUUGUGACAACAGUUAUCACCGCUCCUGUUUCCCGAAAUCAAAUGAUAAGUAAAAUCAAUAGAUUUCUGCUCCGCGUGACAAUCUAACUUUGGAUUGUUCUUCAUAUUUCAAUAAGGAAUUCUAGUUGAUAAAUUUUAUGGUAUAAGACUUAUGUAUUACGUUUCAUAAAAUUAUGAACCUACAUGUAUUCAUUCGCAAUAUUUUUUCAUCGGCGGAGAUUAAUAUUACAAGUUGAAAGCAAAGAGAUCUUUACUAGUAUCUAUUCCUUACCAGUACAUUAUAAUGUUACGCUGGUAAAACUUAGUACACACUUUCAAACAAUAUUGGCAAACAUUGUUUGCGGAUAAAAUUUAAUU